ACGUAUAUAUAAUUCUGAAAUUUGUUUUUAUUACUCACAUAUAUAAAAUUAUAAUUCAUAUAAUUCAAACUAAUAGUAUGGAAAAAAAACCGAAGAAAUUAUGGAAGAGUGUUUAUUAUGAAGAGCAUCAGGACCAUGUUACAAUUUCUACUAUUGAUUCAACUACUGAAUCAGAUGAAAGAAUAGUUUAUAUGGACGAUUUAGAAAAAAGAAAACAAGUAUACGGAAUAUGUGGAGAAUGUAAUGAACCUGGUACAGGAGAAGCAUGGUGUCAACCUUGUAAUUCUAAAAGAUUUAAGGAUAACUUUAAAAAUUGGACUAGUGGAAAUAAAGACAUUGAUGAAUUUAUACAACACUCACAACUUAAUGCUUUAAGUUUUCGAAAAUGUCUUGAAUGGGUACCUUUUGAAAAAUUUCAAAAUAUCACUUAUGUUGCCGAAGGUGGUUUUGGUAAAGUAUAUUCAGCUAAAUGGCCUGAAGGAUGUAUCGAAUAUUGGGAUAUUAAAAAUCAAAGAUGGAAACGUAGUGCUCAUAAAAAAUAUGCAUUAAAAAGCUUAAAUAAUUCUUCUGAUAUUUGCUCAGACUUUUUAAAUGAGAUUAAAACUCACCUUAAUAUUCAUCUUAAUGAUGUUAUUGAAUGUAAUGGAAUAACUCAAGAUCCAAAUACUAAAGCGUAUAUGAUGAUUUUAUUUUACUGUAAUAAUGGAAAUUUGAGAAAUUAUUUAAAUAAAUCCGAAGAAUAUAUAGGAUAUGGAUUGAAAAUUUUUGAAUUACUACUAAUUGCAAGAGGACUUUUAGAUAUUCAUAAUUCUGGAAAAGUUCAUAAAGAUUUUCAUUCAGGUAAUAUAUUAUUUGGGGAUGAUGAGCCAUAUAUAAGUGAUUUAGGAAUGUGUCAAUCAGCAAGUAAGCAAAAAGUUAAAGAAGAAGGAAUUUAUGGAGUAUUACCAUAUAUGGCACCAGAAGUUUUACGUGGGCAUCAGUAUACAAAAGCAUCAGAUAUUUAUUCAUUUGGAAUAAUAAUGAAUGAGUUUCUUUCUGAAGAAAUUCCUUAUGGUGAUAUUCCUCAUAAUGAAUUUUUAGCUAUUACAAUAUGUAAAGGACAAAGACCAAAAAUUUCUGAAGACGUACCAAAAUUACUUGCAGAUUUGAUUAUAAGAUGUUGGGAUGCCGAAAUAGAGAACAGACCUACUACCAAAGAAUUGUAUCAGAUAUUAAAAAAAUGGAGGGAUGAAACUUAUGAUAGUGAUGAUAGUGAUGAUGGCGACGAUGGUGAAGAUAGUGAAGAUAGUGAAUAUGACGAAGAUAGUGAAGAUAGUGAAGAUAGUGAAGAAGAUGAUGAAGAUGAUGAAGAUGAUAAAGAUGGUGAAAAUAUUCAAAAUAGUGAAAUUUACUCCCAAAUAAAAGAAAGUGAUGAGAUUAGGAGGAAAAAAUUUAAUAACAAGCCAAAAGAAGAUAAAUCCAAAAAUAUUCAAACACAUCCACAAGCCAUUUAUACUAGUAGACUUAUAAAUUUUAAAAAUAUUCCAAAACCAGUAAAUUCUUCAGAUUUAUCAUCUUUUCAAUUUAAUUCAGAUACUAAUUAUACUAUUCAAUCAACGUUAGCAAAUCCAAUUUCAGAAUGUUUAGAUGUUCAAUUAAGCGAAUUAGAACUAAAUGAAAUUUGUCAAGAUAGUGAAAAUAAUAUUGAAUGAGACUUCUUUUACUUAAAUCAAUAGUUAAAGUACCAUUCUUUUAUCUUUUAUCUUUUGUUUACUUUUUUAUAUAUGUAUCAAUUUAAAUAGAAUUUUUAAAAUUAUAUUUAUUUAAAUAAAGAUUAUAAAUUUACAAUUAUUAAUCCCGAUAUACGUGUAUUUCCGGGGUUAGCAUUAUGAUGGAAUGCUGAUGACUGGAAGAGAAAAAUCUAUACGACUAUCUCCAAUCAGUAAUUCUGAAAUAUCGAUCAAUAGUCAUCACAAUUAUCUUAGAAAUAGAAAAUAGAAAAGAAUUUUAUCAUAUUUUAAUUUUCUUUUAUUUGAAAUAAUUUAAAAGUUUUGAAAAUGGAAUUAAUCGAUAAGGAUCUGCAGAACAUGGGAAAUCUGGCGUGGCGUCAAAUAAAA